GUUGUGAAGCGGUGCAAUGCUGAAGCACGUGCAGUUGAGCCCGCAUCGGACGCGGGCUUGCGACACUCUCUCUCUCUCAUCGACCUCCUCCUACUCCUCGCUCAGCCCGGAGCCCCUCUCCAGCCGCGCCUCAAGUUGCUCCAGUCUCAGCGACUCCGAACCCACGACGAUAAUCAAAGUCUACGCACGGUGUCUGAGGCCGGAUAUCGAGUACAAAACGCUGAGCAUCACCUACCAAACGACAUGCAGGGACAUCAUCAAGAUGCUCCUCAACAAAUACAGGAUGCGGCACCGGGACCCCAAUCUGUUUUUUCUCACCAUGGAAGUCACCGUUCGAAAAGUUGGUUUAAGGACAGUUCUUGUGUUGGACGAUGAAGCCAGACCUGCUGUGCUUGAGUCAUGUCACCCUCGCGGCGAGUCCAGGUUUGCCCUCCAGACCAGAAGAGGUGGACUAGUCAAAGUUUUCGAUAGCGCUAUCAUGCAAGGGUCUCAGUACAAAAGUUUGCUCAUUUCCGAGAGGACAACCGUAGAUGAACUGAUUCAGAUCCUCCUGUCGUGUUAUGGUAGCAAAGAACAAGUCGAGCAAUUUUCUCUUUACGAGGUUUGUAAAAACCAAGAAUAUCAGAGGAAACUUCAUCCCGAUGACAGGCCGUUGAUGGUUCAAAUGUGCUGGAGUCCACCCCAUGAAUUUCAUUUCCUCAUACGCAGGAAUCUUGACUUCAGACCAAGAUCACCAAAGAUUGUGUGGGCUGCUGAUCUUGCAUCUUUACCGUGCUCAUCUCGUCAAAGCAUAUCUGUUCAAGACGGUGACAAUGUUCUGGCUGAUUUUGACAACUAUUUUUAUAUUUAAGAACUCUUAUUUACCAAAUUAUGUUACUCAUUCGACUGAACCUUUAGGCUUAUAAGCAGCCUUCUUUAGGUGGUGUUCCUGAUCAAAAACUCAUCUCCUCCAAGUCUCGUUUGUAUUUGGUUUGAUUUCAAUUUCACCCAUUUAGUUAAUGUUCUAAAUUUAGAGAAUCAAUUAGAACCCCAUAUCUUUAUAAUAUUUCUGUAAAACAGCAACAUGCAUCAUAAAAACCUACUGUAUCUUUCAUCUUUUUGAGAAAUUUAGACGAAAAUUCGUCUCAUGCAGGUUCUUUGCCUUUUUAAAUGUUAAUAUCCGAAUCCAUCAUGCCUGUGCAAAAGCAAUAUGAGUUUGCACCACAUUUUUAGAAUAAUCAAACUUACAAAGGUUUUUCAUGAUGUCUCGGAAGAAUGCCAAGAGCACCAAAAAUAAUUUUGUAUUGUUAGAGUGGGUUGAUUUCUGAAUUUAUCAGUCUCAGAGGCUCACAAAAUGUUUAUGGAGAGAUGCUCCUUUUUCAAAAUUGAGAUCACAGGUUUGAUGUCCUCACAAUAUUGGAAAAAAAGGUAGCUAUAGUUCAAAAUGUAUUGAAAAAACAUAGAUUUUAGAACUAGAAUAGCAAAUCUGUCAGAUAUGCAACUCUUUAACCAGAAUUCUUCAACCAGCUCCAAUGUACACCAUUCCCUUUUCAAACUGUUUCACUAGUUGUUAGCUUGUUCCUUCUGUAUUGAACCACGUAUAAAUUCUUUAUGUUAGUAAAGGGUAUACUAUAGUCAGUAAAUUUUCUCUACAGUAGUGCAGCUCCGUGUAACUGGAGCUCAUAACAUUCUAAUUUUGAUCAGUACAGACCUGUCAUUGUUUAAAUACCGAGUUAGAAUGUAAUGUUGUCGUAAUGUUUUCUCUUGUAACAAUUUACUUGUUCUAGUCGUAGGUUUAUGUUAAGACAAAUUUCAUAAAACAAGUUUCUCAUCCAUGGAAUUUAAUAUGCCAGUCAGUUUUUAUAAUUUAGUGUAGAAGAUGCGAUUUCCAUUGAAUGAGCUUAAAUCAGGAAAUAUAAAUAUUUAUAUCGUAACUAGUAACAAAAUGAAAUGAAAAAAUUCUACUUAAAAGUACUCUGAGGGUGCCUCUAAAUUUUUUUAUUCUUUUUUGGUCUGAGAAAAAAUUGAAAGCAAAUGACAAGCUUGGAGUAAAAUCACUCAGCAGUGACAUAUAUUUUUCUGUUCACAAAUUUCCUUCAAAUGCCCCUGCUGCAACUUCAUUCACGUGUAAGGCUGAUUGCAGCCGUAUCUUUUGAAGGCAGUCAGCACUCUAAGUUCCAUGAGAUUGAUUUGAUGUUACCUAUCGAAGUACAGCUAUUAGUUUCUCUCUGUAUUUUUCAUUAUGGACCUUAAUUUAAAAAAAAAAAUUAUCCAUAGAUAACAGUGUGAUGAUUUAAUUUGAAGGCACUUUGAAAAAUUAGUACCACAAUUACUCCCAGAAUUACUACCGGAAUAUACCCAUUUUUGUUCACUAUGGAUUUAUUCAUCUGUCAAUGCUAUAGGACUCACAAAAACGCAACUAUUUAGAGUUCUUCAAGAGGAACUACAAAUUAGCAUAACAAUCAUAUAAUGUUUGAAAGCACUUUCAUAAUUUAUAGCAUGUGGCAUGUCAUCUCUGUGCAUUAAUCACAUAUGGGAUCUUUCAUAAAUUACGUAACGUUCUUGGGGUUAUGGGGGAGGGGGGGGUGUUAUGUCACAAGAACGCUGGGGAGGAAAGGUAAAAAAUGCCAAAAAAGGUCGUUACGUAAUUUAUGAACGCUCCCUAUGAUGAAUUUUUCAGCAGAAGUUGUCUUUUCUCUAAAUUAGUCCUGGCUGGCUUUGCUUGUUACCAAUUACCGUAUAAUUUUCUGAGAGAGAAGUUUAGAUUUAAGGCUACUUUAAGUAAUUUUAAGAGCAUAUUUCACUUAAAAUUGGCAUUUUUAUUUCUGUCCAUGUCAGCUCCUAAUUUUCCCCCAAACUUUUACUGCUUGCUAGUCCUUUGUAAUUAUUUGGCUUUCAGGUAAUUUGAACUGCCUGAUAGGAAUUUUUAUUAUUUAUAUGGGGAUUAAGUUUUUUUGCUCUCGGCACUGAUAUGAAAUUUUCAUAUUUCAACAAUUACGGUUUCACAGGAGAACGUAUUUCUCAGGGUAGACAACAUAUCGAAUGUAAAAUUUCGCAAUAACGCAUCUCAUUUGCGGUGUCUGAAAGUCUUCGCUCCUAUUUUAUUUUUUUAAAGGAGAACAAAUCGACAUCAUCCCUUGAAAUUUUCGAAGAAUUUUCUUCGCCUAAAGAGAAGAAAAAUCACCGCAGUUUGAAGAAUUCCCGUCGAGUAGUUUUCCAUUUAAAAAAUCAAGUAUGGCAGGAAGUCUGCAACGUUGCAAACCGAGAUACGUGAUUGCGCUCUUUCACAGUCGAUAUGCUGGGUCAUUCAGUCCAAUGAAAGGUUUGCGAUGUACAAACUAAAACACUUUCAAGCUUUCAGCAGAUGAGAAAACUGUAUUGGUUCCUGAAUCUUUUUUUCCUCCCAUUAUUUUAAGAGCCAAACAUUUUGAAAUCGCCGUUAUUUUCCUUAUUAGACUUAGACCUCAUCGUCAGUUUCCUUGUUUUGUAAGCAAAUAUUUUUGCAAAGAAUAUUCUAAUCAUCUUAGUGUUGUAGCCUGUUAGUUACAAUAAUGAUUAUUGUAAAGUAUCUUUAGAGUAUACCAAAGACGUUACUUUAAAUGUAAGUAGUUGUACAUACAGUUUUUGUUGAUGCACCCAUACUUUUUUGUCUUUUUCUCCUCAAUACCUAAAUGUUUAUUUAACAAGAGAUGUUUUUUAUUGUUUUUAUAAUUUUUGAAGCUUUUGAAUAAAUGAUGUUUGUGCAAAAGUAAA